CUCCGUAGUAGCGAGCCUUCACGGCAUGCCGCAUGCGCACUGCAUGACUCCAGUAGUGCACUCCACGCGUGUACUAAAUUUAGGGAGUGUGAAAAGUAUUUUUUAUUAAUUAAGCUAAAAGUUCUGUUGAAAUCACGAAUAUUUUUAAGUAUGGGAGGUCAGGCUAAAGGCAAGAAGAAAAACAAAACGAAGAAGAAAGACAACCGUCCAAACAGGGCAGAAGGAGGAUUUGUUGAUUUGACACCUCAUGAAAGGAUGAAACUAAGAAUUCACGAGAAAGCCAAGAAGAAAACAGCUGAGAAGUACUCCGUACAGCAACUCCUAGAAAAGACAGAGGAAUGCAUGGACAGCCUUGACUUUGAGAUGGCUGGUCUAUUCUGUCAACGAGCCUUGGAUGUGGACCCCAACAACCUGCAAGGGCUUGACAUGCAGGGUCACAUUUACUCUGAAUUAGGAGACACGCAGAAAGCUAAAGAAGUUUUUCUGCGUGCAGUGCAGCUGAGCCCAGAUGUAGGCCACAGUAAGUAUAUGUACCUGGGACAAAUCCACACAAGCCAGGAGUCUGUGGACUACUACACAAAGGGAAUACAAGUCCUACUGUCCGCACUGGAGAAACAAGAAGCAGCAGCUCAGACUGGAGCUGCUGCCCUAACAGAUGAGGAUCAUGAGCGGCCUACAGCAAAGGAUGUCAGUGUAGCCUACUGCUCCAUCGCUGAGAUUUAUUUAACCGACCUCUGUAUGGAAGAGGGAGCUGGAGAUAAGUGUAGAGAGUUCAUUGAAAAAGCAUUACAGUAUCACCAUGACAACCCCGAGGCUCUCCAGCUUAUGGCCAGUUACCUGUUUAGUACAGACAGAAACCAGGAAGGCAAAGAGUACCUGUUGAAAAGUGUUGGAAUGUGGCUACCUGCACAGAAACAAAGUGCAUCUUCCUCUACAACAGAGGAAGACACGCUGAAUGAGAUCCCUCCAUAUGAGUCCCGCAUCACCACAGCCAAACUGCUCAUCGAGGGAGAGGAAUAUGAGAUGGCAGUAGAUGUGCUGGAGGUUCUUCUGGAAGAGGAUGAUGAAGUUGUGCAGGUGUGGUAUCUGUCCGGCUGGGUGUGUUACCUCCAGUGGGAAAAGGCAAAGGAGCAACAAGAAAGAGAGAGAAGAGAAGUGACAGAGGAGGAGAAGGAAGAGUGGAGGGCACUGCAGGAGGCAGCCAGAUCAUAUUUAACUAAUGCUAAGAAGCUACACAAUAAGCUGCGAUGCGAUGACCAGCCGAUGUUGGAACAUGUGGAGCAGCUGCUUGGUGAAUUGGGAGGAGAAAUGGAGGCAGAGGAGGGGGACCCAGCCCUGGAUGACGACUAUGAACCCUGUAGUGAUGAGGAAGAGAACGAUGGUGCCGAAGCCCCCAUGGAGCACUGACCUCCUCACCUUACCUGUGAUAUCACUUUUUCCCAUCCUGCUUCCCUGUAGUUCUUGUGUGUUCUCUAAAGUGCCUUUUUAACUGUUUCCCUUUAUCACCUGCUUAUCAAAGAUUAAAUAGAUAUGGACAAACAGAGUGGCAUGAAAAGCUGCUGUCGACUUAUUCAUUUUCAGUCAAGGCGUUAAAUGUUUUUGGUGAAAUAAGUGCAUACUUGAGUAAUGUUUCCCUUGAUCUCCUUGACAGAUGUUGAUGAAAGAAAUUAAUCUUAAAGCUUUAAUUCUCACCAGCAGCAAAUGCAAAACGCCUUUGAAUGCUUUUACCUCUUCUGCACACCCACGCUCAGUUUCUACAAGCAGACAUGCACGACACAUGCAGAAAUACAAACAAAACACAUCAAGAAGGCAAGUUAAUUACUUCAGUUCAGUUGCAGCAGUAGCAGCACUUUUUUUCUCCUGUCAGACCGUAUAAGUGAAACUGCCCACUAAAAACACUCCGUACUGUUUUUAGAUAAAAUCCAACAGAUAUGUGCAGUGCUUUCAUGGUUAUUCACUUUAUGCUCCAGCUUAAUUUUCUUUUUUUUUUUUUUUUUUUUGUAACUGGCUGGAUUCAGUAAUACAAGACAAUGGAGAGAAUUUGACAUUAAGUUAUGCAGAGUGCAUCUCACGCUCUCUGCUAGACUGUUCAAUGACUUGAAUAAAGCCUCUCUGAAAGGAGAA